AUUGUUUCUAUUAGAAGUGAUCAUGGGGGAGAAUUUGAAAAUAAUGACUUUGAAGAUUUUUGCAUUGAACAUGGACUCUCUUGGAAAAUAUGAUUCUAAAAGUGAUGAAGGCAUCUUUGUUGGAUACUCUACUUCUAGUAAAGCUUACCGUGUGUAUAAUAAAUGUACUAAAGUUGUUGAGGAAUCUAUUCAUGUGGUAUUUGAUGAGACUAACCCUAUUUGCUCUAGAAAGUCUUGUAAUGAUGAUAAUGUAGAUGCCAUUGGAGAACAAAUAAAAGAUAUAAAUCUCAAGGAGGACAACACCAAGGAAGCUCAAGAUGAGAAAAAUGAGGAGGACAGACAUGAAGAAGUGCAACAAACACAUGAGCUAAGAGAACCAACUUUCCCAAGAGAGAUCCUAUGUCAAAGAUCUAAAGACCAUCCCAUCAUAGGAACUAAAUGGGUUUUUAGAAAUAAGUUAGAUGAGAAUGGAAUUGUGGUUAGAAACAAGGCAAGACUAGUUGUUAAAGGCUAUUGUCAAGAGGAAGGAAUUGAUUUUGAUGAGACUUUUGCCUUGGUAGCUAGACUUGAAGCAAUUAGAAUGUUAUUGGCUUUUGCAUGCUUUAAAGGUUUUACACUUUAUCAAACGGAUGUUAAAAGUGCUUUUCUAAAUGGUUAUAUUCCAGAAGAGGUUUAUGUUGAGCAACCUCCCGGUUUUGAAGAUCCAUCUUAUCCAAACCAUGUUUAUAAACGUUCAAAGGCUUUAUAUGGUUUAAAACAAGCUCCUAGAGCUUGAGAAUGGCAUCAUCGACGCAAAGUGCAAUCUCAUCUUAUUAGGAACGGCUUCAUGGAUGGGUAUUGUAUUUGGAAAAGACAUGGAGAAAUUAUUCAUAGAAAACGAAGUCGCAUCCAAGUGGGUGAAUCAUCAAGUGCCGCUGCUAUUGUUGCUGUUGCUAUGAAUAAUGUUCCAAGUGUCGAUCAACUCAGAGACAUGCUUCAUGAUGCCAUGGGACCAAAUUUUUUUAAUAAUGAAAAUAGUGCCAUAGGGGUAGAAGAUGCAACACAAUUUGAUGCUAAUUUUGGUGAUCCAUAUGGUGUCAAUACAGAAUCGAUAUUUAAGGAGCCAAGAGGAGAUGCAAAAGAGUUCUUUGAUCUUUUGCGAGCAGCUGAUACACCUUUUUUUAAAGGGUGUGAUGCUGGUGUCACUAUCUUAAAGUGGGCGUGGAAGCAUUUUGAUAGUACUCACCCUGAGUUUGCUAGUGAACCGAGGAAUGUUAGGUUAGGUUUGUGCACUAAUGGGUUCACUCCUUUUGGACAUUCUGCAUCUCCAUACUCUUGUUGGACAGUAUUUGUGUCAGUUUAUAACCUGCCUCCAACAAUGUACAUGAAGCAAGAAUAUGUAUUCCUUGCAUUGAUUAUCCAAGUCCAAACUUAUGAUAGCUUUAGGCAUCAAUACUUUCUGAUGAGGGCUGCACUUAUGUGGAUCAUUAGUGACUUACCUGGGUAUGGAAUGUUGUCUGGGUGGAGCACACGUGGUAAAUUAGCUUGUCCCUAUUGCAUGGAAAAUUCGAAGGCCUUUUGGUUGGAAAAUAGUCGAAAGACAUCAUUUUUUGACUGUCACCGACAGUUUUUGCCACCGGAGCAUCCAUUUAGAAGAAGCAAGAAUGACUUCAUAAAGGGUCGUAUAGAGAAUGGAACAAUGCCAGAGAGAUUGUCUGGUGAUGAGAUGCAUAGUCGCAUCCAUUGGCUGCCUGAUGUACUAUUUGGUAAGCCACCUCAGAAACAGGAAAUCCAUGGAUUUGGUGAAGUGCACAAUUGGGUUAAAAAGAGCAUGUUUUGGGAAUUACCAUAUUGGUAGACAAACUUGAUUCGACACAAUUUAGAUGUCAUGUACUGUGAGAAAAACUUUUUUGACAAUAUCCUUCAUACAGUAAUGGAUGGCUCUAUGACAAAAGAUAACAUAAAUGCAAGACUUGAUC